AUAGUCCCAAAUACAUUGAACAUAAUCCAUAAAAUUAAGAUUUAACCAGAUUCAGACCAAAAUCCAUUGAACGUAAUCCAUCAAAUUAAGAUUUAACCAGAUUUAGAACUUUAUCAUAUCUUCCAAUCUCAACAGUCCACUACAGUAGAACAGGUCACGGGCGGCUUGUUUUUUUUGAAGUUAUUAUAAACCAUUGCAUACCCAUUUCAUUUUUCAUGUCCGGAAGGCGAAGGAAAAGGAUGGCGAAGCCAAACAAGAUGAUAGUGGCGACAAUUCUCCUCUUAAUCUCUGUAAUUCUUGUGUCUUCUCUGGGACUGUCCACUAAUUUUAGAGGCACACACCAUAGAAAUCUCCUUCAAAAGUCCGCCAGCGAUAAGAUAAAUUUAGCCUGCAAGGCUUCUCAAUACCCAGAGCUCUGUAAAUCAUCUCUGUCACAAUCCCCACUGAUAACACCCAAUUCAUCCCCAGAGGAAAUAAUCUCAGCAGCCAUAAUUCUGUCUGAUGGUGAAACCCAGAAAAGUUAUAAUCAGUCAAGAUAUCUGGCCCAUCUGUCAUCUAAUGCCAAUUAUACAGCCGCUGUUAGCGAUUGCUUAGAAUUCCUGGACGGUUCAUUGAGAUACAUUGCUAAGAGCAGAGAAGGAUUAAAGAGCAUAGAUCAGAAAAAAGUUAAGGACUUGAAGGCCUGGAUGAGCGCUGCUCAUACUUAUCAGUAUGAUUGUAGUUCGGCUUUAAAAUAUGUGAAUACUACAAAGCAAGUAGGGAGUGCAAUGGAGCAGCUGGUCACGGUUCAAUCGCUGACCAGCAAUGCCCUUAGCAUGCUGGACGCCCUAGACACUUAUGGAGAAAAUAUGCUCCUAUGGAAACCCCCCACCACAGAGAGAUCAACAAGGCUGUCAAUUGAGGCACAUUGGGGAAAUAAAAUUGAUUAUUCUAAUAACAUUUGGGGUGUUUUGGCGGGCGAGGAUGUAGUUCCCAAUGUGAUUGUGUCCAAGGAUGGGCCUUUAAAGAGCAUUCAGAAGGCUGUGGAUUCUGCGCCUGAUGAUUCUGAGCAGAGGUUUGUGAUUUAUAUAAAGGGUGGGGUUUAUGAAGAGACCGUGAAGAUUCCGCCAAAGAAAGUGAAUGUUAUGUUUGUGGGAGAUGGCAUUGAUAAGACAGUGAUUACUGGGUCCAAGUCCGUGCCCUCUCUGCCUGCCCCUGUUACUACUUAUGGCUCUGCAACUGUAGCUGUAAAUGCUGACGGUUUCAUGGCACGGGACAUCACAUUUCAAAACUCAGCAGGGGCAGGAAAAAAUCAAGCGGUUGCCCUAAGAGUAGAUGGUGAUCUCUCUGCGUUCCACAACUGUGCCAUUCUGGGUAACCAGGACACACUCUACACUCACUCACUUAGGCAAUUCUACAAGAACUGCAGAAUAGAGGGCACUAAUGACUUCAUAUUUGGAAACUCAGCAGCCAUCUUUGAGAACUGUUUGAUUCUGGUUCGUCCUCGUCUAAAAAUAGGAUGGACAAAUCCUGUAACUGCACAGGGCCGGACAGAUCCAGCUCAGUCAACAGGGUUGGUAUUUCAAAACUGCAGCGUCAAUGGAACUGAAGAAUAUACGAGAGAUUUCCAUGAAAAUCCAAAAAAAUGUAAAGCUUAUUUGGGUAGGCCAUGGAAGAUGUAUUCCCGAACAAUUUUCAUGAAUUCAUUCUUGGGAGAGAUCAUUAGCGCUGAAGGGUGGUUGCCCUGGAAUGGUCAGUUUGCCCUCGGCACUCUUUAUUAUGGAGAAUACCGCAAUUAUGGCCCUGGAGCUGACCUUUCUGGAAGAGUGUCAUGGUCAAGUCAGGUUCCGGGGGAGAAUGUGGGAAUCUACUCUGUACAAAGCUUUAUACAAGGUGAUGAAUGGCCAGCAGCUACGUCUAAUUAACCCACAACCAAAUAAUUUUAAGUUCUGUUUCUCUUAAGCAUGGUCUUCAGUUCUCUUACUUUGCCUGUCUGUGUAGUUAUUACUUAAGUCAAGACUAGGGUUUUGGUUAUUUUCAUGAAAAACUUCUGUAGUUUCUAGAGGAAGUAUAUCACAAAAAUGUACAAGCAUGUUGUACCUGCAUUGAAAAUGUAUAAAAUGGAAACCCUCAUGCCAGCAAAUGUUGUUCCUUUCUGAUUGGCAUCAUGCACAAGCUAAGCAACUUUGAACAACAUUGAUAUCCUCUGAAACUCUGUCUUUAGCCAUAUUUAUAGCCAUUAUAAUCAAGGAUGAACAAUUUUGGGA